ACGUAGCGAGAUUCUUUUUAGGUAUGUUGUUACACUACGCCCUCUAUUGCCGAGAAUGACAAAGAGAAUGGCGAUUAUUGUUAUUUUAGGGAUUUGGUUAGGCGGUGGACUAUUGUCUUUACCUACUUUGCUGUACUCCACAACAAUAACAUACACCUAUCAGGAUGGAACCAUUAGGACGCUGUGCCUGCUUUUCUGGCCAGAUGGCCCUGCAGGCGCUUCGGAAUCAGAUUAUGCGUACAACAUUGCUUUCUUUCUCUUAACCUACGGUCUUCCAAUCACAUUAAUGGCCGCUGCCUACAUCUCGAUGUCUAGAGUUCUUUGGCGUCAAUCUCUUGAUGGUGAGUCAACGCAAGUUCAAUCAGAAGCCAUCAAGUCGAAACGAAGAGUUGUUUACAUGCUUACCAGCGUUGUUGUUAUAUUCGGUGUUUGUUGGCUUCCCUACCAUGUCUACUUCCUGUACGUCUACCAUGACAAAGAAUUCGUUAAGAAAAAGAUUGUCCAGCACCUGUACCUGUCUAUUUACUGGUUAGCUAUGGCUAAUGCGAUGCUUAACCCUAUUGUCUACUGUUGGACCAAUCACAGGUUCAGGCGUUACUUUCAAGAAGUUGUCUGCAGCUGCUGUAGUAAGCAGCCGAAUUUCGAUGUCCCUAUUCAGCGCCGUAGAAACCUGUUGGCUCAACAACAAAUCAGUGAUAUACGACUCCAUGACCUGAACUAACACAUUAGUCACUAAUCAGUCUUGAGCGAAACAAUCUUGACUGAGUCUGGGAUUGUCUAACGUCGAAAUUAUGCUGUUACUAUAUUGUGACUAUAUUUGUAUGUAAUUAG